CACGCAUGCUCUCUCCCCCCACUCAUAGCCACAUUCAACGGAGAAUCUUUGCAGCGAAAAGGCCAGCCUUCUGUACUCAAACUCGUUGGAAUUCCGUGAAGAACAAGGAUACGAUCAAAGAUGGCAUCGCGAUUGAUCCAUUCUUCUGCAUCUAGAUUUCUUCUCUCCAAGCCAUCGCAUAUGACUGCAUGGAGAAAUGCUCGCUAUUUUUCAAGCGAGUCCAACAAAAUAGAUGAACCUUUUAAAGUUGAGGAAGCUGAAACUGUAAAUUUGCCUCCUAGAGAGAAGAUACUUGUGCUGGGUGGAAAUGGAUUUGUUGGCUCACAUAUCUGCAAAGAAGCGUUGGAGCGUGGCCUAGCAGUUGCUAGCCUUAAUAGGGGAUUGUUAAAGGAAGAUGCACACAACCUCACUUGUGUUAGUUAAAUCGAGGCUGUUAUAAGUAAAUGAACCUGUUUCUU